UUAACCACUACAUGUUGUUUUAUAUUUUUAUUUAGUUACAUGUAUUUAUGAAAAUUAAAUUGCUGCAAUGACUGCUGUUCAGGAAAUCUCGUGUAGGCUUUGCCUUGAAAUUUUAACCGACAAAAGUUUUGAAGCAAUAGACGACGUUAUUAAAUCUAUUCUAGACGCUCUUUCGCUGAAACUGAAAUUUCAUAGUCAAAGCAAAGAGGUAAUAUGUAAUUCUUGCAGAAGAAAGUUGAAUGCAGCAUUAGAGUUUAAGUCAAUCUGUGUAAAUACCGAUAACACAAUUAAUUCAUAUGUGGAUCGCGAAAAAAUUUUACAACUGAACUUAAUAGAAGUUUACAUGAAGGAAAAGGGAAGCGAGCAGUCAACGGGUAUUUCUUACGAUCAAAAAGUAUGUCGGGUGUGUAUGCAGUUAGUACGAAGCGAAUUUAAAUGCAUACGUGAAGAGGAAUUCGAAGUUAUUCAGAAAUUUUUCCCCGAAAUGGAUGUCACCAUCGUCAAAGAUCCUGUUGUAUGUAAACCGUGCUUUGACUCUCUGUGCGCUCACAACACUUUUCUAACACAUUGUUUAGAAGUAGAAGAAAAUAUCAAAGACACUUUGGAGAGUUGGGCCACGGAGAGUCAAACAGACAUGUCACCGUCCGAUUUAUUCAUCAAAACUGAAGACUUGACCGAAGAAUCGGAAAUAAACGAGAUGGAAAUGUUAAUCAAAGCGGAGUACGUCGAUAUAAAAUGGGAAGAAGAUGAAGGAAGAGACCCCAUGCUGUUUCACUCGAAAAACGAAAUAUUCGAUGCAGAGGAUGAUGGAUUUGAAGUUUUGUGGAAACACAAGAUUAAAUCUAUGAACGAGUGUGGUAUAAAAACAAGACAGGAGAGCACUUUGAGCAACAAUUGUGAUAAAUGUAUUUAUGAAACUGACAGUAUGGUCCGUUUUACGACAGAUGAGAACACUUCGGAAAUGUGCAACUGCAAAACAUACCAAUGCGGAGCUGAAAAUAAGAGUUUGGAUCUUCUAAUCUACUCGUGCACCUACUGUGAUUAUAAAACUAAACAUAAGUGUUCCCUCCUACGUCACACGCUUACACAUAAGGACCCCUCGCAGGUGCCCAUGUACAAGUGUGACAUUUGCGAUUACAAAACGAAGUACAAGAGUAACGUGACGUACCAUCAGAUGGGGCACAAGGAUUCCUCGCAGGUCGUAAUGUACAAGUGCAAGGACUGCGAUUAUCAAACUAGACACAAGGCUAACAUCAAAGACCACCUGCUGAUCCAUAAAGACCCUUCUCAAGUACCAUGGUACAAGUGCGACCAGUGCGAGUACAAAACAAUGUAUAAAAGAAACAUUCCCAUUCAUCAGCUGAUACACAAGGAUCCGUCGGAGGUCAAAAUGUACCAGUGCGAAGACUGCGAUUACAAAACCAAACGUAAGUCGUCUCUUGUACGACACGCGUUGAGGCACAAGGAUUCCUCGCAAAUCUCGAUGUACAAGUGCAACGCUUGCGACUACGAAUCGAGGUAUAAGAACUGUUUGACUUACCAUCAGUUGUCGCACAAAGACUCCUCGCUGGUACAAAUGUACAAGUGUAACGACUGCGAUUUUAAGACAAAGCGCAAAAGUAAUAUGAAAACCCACUCGUUGAUCCAUAAAGACCGUUCACAGGUGCCGAGGUACAAGUGUGACAACUGCGACUACGAAUCCAUAUACAAGAGAAAUUUCAACCUUCAUCUCUUGACGCACAAGGAUCCGUCGAAGGUUCAAAUGUACCGUUGCGACGUGUGCGAUUUUGAAACGAAGCAUAAAAAUUCUUUCAAGAGGCACCAAUUGAUGCACAAGAAACAUAUGUCCGCGGAUGGGAAUGUGUCAAAGUCAUUAAUUUAUGAAGCAGACAGGAAGGAGUCCAAGUGUGGAACCCCCGAGGAACAUCCGAUGCCGACAAAACUGUAUAAAUAUUCUGACCAAAGACCUGUCGGUUAUAUGGAAAUUGCUGCAAUGACUGCUGUUCCGGAAACUUCGUGUAGGCUUUGCCUUCAAAUUAUAACCGACGAAAGUUUUGAGGUAAUAGACAACGUUAUUAAAGCUAUUCUUCACGCUCUUUCGCUGAAACUGAGAUUUGAUAACCAAAGCAAAUGGGUAAUAUGUAAUUCUUGCAGAAGAAUGUUGGAUGCAGCAUUAAAGUUUAAGUCAACCUGUGUGAAUGCCGAUAACACAAUUAAUUCAUAUGUGGAUCGUGAAAAAUUUUUUCAACUGAACUUAUUAGAAGUUUAUAUGAAGGAGAAGGGAAGAGAGCAAACAAUGGGUAUUUCAUAUGACCAAAAAGUAUGUCGGUUGUGUAUGCAGCUAGUACGAAGCGAAUUUAAAUGCGUACGUGAAGGGGUACUCGAAGCUAUUGAGAAAUUUUUCCCCGAAAUGGAUGUCGCCAUCGUCAAAGAUCCUGUUGUAUGUAAACAGUGCUUUGACUCCCUGUGCGCUCACAACACUUUUCUAACACAUUGUUUAGAAGUAGAAGAAAAUAUCAUACACACUUUCGAGAGUUCGGCCACAGAGAGUCAAACAGACAUGUCACCGUCCGAUUUAUUCAUCAAAACUGAAGACUUGACCGAAGAAUCAGAAAUUAACGAGAUGGAAAUGUUAAUCAAAGCCGAGUGCGUCGAUAUAAAAUCGGAAGAAGAUGAAGGAAGAGACCCCAUGCUGUUUCACUCGAAAAACGGAAUAUUCGAUGCAGAGAAUGAUGGAUUUGAAAUUUUGUGGAAACACAAGAUUAGGUCUAUGAACGAGUGUGGUAGACAGGAGAGCACUUUGGGCAAUAACUGUGAUAAAUGUAUCCGUGAAGCCGAAAGUAUGGCCCGUUUUAAGACACACGAGAACGCUUCGGAAAUGUGCAACUGCAAAACAUAUCAAUACGAAACUGAAAAUAAGAGUUUGGAUCUUCUAAUCUACUCGUGCACCUACUGUGAUUAUAAAACUAAACAGAAGUGUGCCCUCGUACGUCACACGCUGAAACAUAAGGACCCCUCGCAGGUGCCGAUGUACAAGUGCGACGUUUGCGAUUACGAAUCGAAGUAUAAGAGCAGCGUCUCGUACCACCAGUUGUCGCACAAGGACUCUUCUCAGGUCGUAAUGUACAAGUGCAACGACUGCGACUAUCAAACUAGGCACAAGACAAGCAUCAAAGGCCACCUGCUGAUCCACAAAGACCGUUCCGAAGUGCCGCGGUACAAGUGCAACCAGUGCGAGUACGAAUCGAUAUAUAAGAGAAACAUUACCAGUCAUCAGCUGAAGCACAAGGAUCCGUCGGAGGUGAAAAUGUACCAGUGCAACGACUGCGACUAUAAAACUAAGCAUAAAUCGUCCCUCGUGCGACACGCGUUGAAACACAAGGACUCCUCGCAAAUCUCGAUGUACAAGUGCGACGCUUGCGACUACGAAUCGAGGUAUAAGAACUGUUUGAUUUAUCACCUGUUGUCGCAUAAAGACUCUUCGCAGGUACAAACGUACAAGUGUAACGACUGCGGUUUCAAGACGAAGCACAAAAGUAAUAUCAAAAACCACUUGUUGACCCAUAAAGACCGUUCGCAGGCGCCGAGGUACAAGUGUGAAGACUGCGACUACGAAUCGAUAUAUAAGAGAAAUUAUAAUUUUCACCUCUUGACGCAUAAAGAUCCGUUGAGGGUUCGAACGUUCCGGUGUGACGAGUGCGAUUUUGUAACGAAGCAUAAACAUUCUUUGAAGGGGCACCAGUUGAAGCACAAGAAACGUACGUCUGCAGAUGUGAACGUGCCGGAUGGCGAAGCCAUAACGAAUUGAUUUGAAUAUUCCGUGCUAUUUUUUGUGCUCAGUGGUACAAACAAAUUUCUGUUGGUUUUAUUUCAGAUAUUUCUUGAAUAUUUAAUGUUUGUUUUUUGUUGAAUUUAUAAAUACUCGAAUAGUCACAUUUUUUACAAUCAUACAAUCACAAGCCAUGGCUGUGUGCAAUUGUUUACCUCAUUGAAAUGCGUAUAAAGGUAGUUUAAUUCAUUUAAACUAGGUUAACGUUAGAGGUAAUCGAUAUUGAGAUUCACGAAUUAAAUGCAGUGCUUUAGAAAAACAAAAACAAACAUUUUUUAUUCAAAACUAUACACUAUAUUUUGCCAAUUACUCAAAAUACAUAAAGCCUGUUGGGUCAAAUCAAAGGUGCAAACCACUUUCUUUUUGUGUGACAGUGUAAUGUUCAAUUGUUUAUAUUUUGAGAUUUUUUGUUGCACAAUUCUUAACAAUGAGUUAUUUUUAGUUAUGUUCACUCAGUGUAGUGUA